ACAUCAACAACAAUGGCAAACCGUAGUCUGUUUUGGUAGGAGAUUUCUGAUUGGGAGUUAGACGGUCAGAAAAGCUUCGUCGCUGUAUUCGUGACUUAUUUCUUUUUUUUUUUUGUUCGAAUUGGCGAGUUUUAUUUUAAAAUAAGAGUGCUCGUCUGUAGAAAUAUAUUUUUCGUUUUUACAUUUUUUUUUUCCCCGAAAAUGUGCGAGGCGCUGUUGGCAAGCUCACACAGUCUGUGCAUGUGUGUCCCUGCUGCUUUUCUGCUGGGCUACAGCUACUAACCUAGCUGCUUUUUCACUCGGUGGUUAGCUAACGUUAGCCUGGCAGCGUUUAUUGACUUGAGGGAAAAAAAACACAAUCGCAUGUAAAGGGUGUUUGUGCGAUUUGUUUUAUGAAAACAUCCCCCAACUAUUUGCUAAUCGUCGCUGCCGGGUACGGUAAGAAGUGUUGUAUGAUUUGUCGUAGAAAAUACUUUGCUGGCUAGCUAACAGGCUAGCUAUUUGUGUGUAUUCUUCGACUGAGGAAAACGGCGAGUUUUCUUUGAAAGUAUGGAUGACCAGACCAGGAUGAUGACGGGUCUCACCGGACUCGGUGGACUAGCACAAGCCGAUGUCGGUGACCCAGACUCGGUCAGGAAACAGCAGUCCCUCGGUCAGCCUCAGCAAGACAUAGGGGAUAUCCUACAGCAAAUAAUGGCCAUCACCGACGAAAGCCUGGACGAAGCACAGGCCAGAUGCUGGCCAGAGGAAUCGCCGGCGCAUUGGGGUGGAUCAGACGACCCCACAGAGGGAGGGAGAGCAGGGGGGGGCAUGGCAGGGGGUGGCCUGCCACUCAACUUCCAGCACAGGAAGCAUGCCCUGAACUGUCACAGAAUGAAGCCAGCCCUCUUCAGCGUUCUCUGUGAGAUCAAAGAGAAGACGGUGCUGAGUAUACGAGGUGUGCAGGAGGAGGACCCCCCAGAUCCCCAGAUCAUGCGGUUGGACAACAUGCUGCUGGCAGAGGGCGUGUCAGGACCAGAGAAGGGUGGAGGAUCGGCUGCAGCGGCUGCAGCUGCAGCAGCAGCAGGGGGUUCACCCACCGACAGCAGCAUCGAACACUCUGACUAUAGAGCCAAGCUCGCUCAGAUUCGCCAGAUAUAUCAUUCUGAGCUGGAGAAGUAUGAGCAGGCCUGCAGUGAGUUCACCAACCAUGUAAUGAACCUGCUGAGAGAGCAGUCUCGCACACGGCCCAUCUCUCCCAAGGAGAUUGAGCGCAUGGUGGCCAUCAUCCACCGCAAGUUCAGCUCCAUUCAGAUGCAGCUUAAACAGAGCACCUGUGAGGCUGUCAUGAUCCUGCGCUCACGCUUCCUUGACGCCAGACGUAAGAGGCGCAAUUUCAACAAGCAAGCCACAGAGGUGCUGAACGAGUAUUUCUACUCCCACCUGUCUAACCCUUACCCUAGUGAGGAAGCCAAGGAGGAACUGGCCAAAAAGUGUGGGAUCACUGUGUCUCAGGUCUCUAAUUGGUUUGGCAACAAGAGAAUACGCUACAAGAAGAACAUUGGUAAGUUCCAGGAGGAAGCAAACCUCUACGCAGUUAAAACAGCGGUGGAUGCUGCCAAUGUGUCGGCGCAGGCUAGCCAGGCUAACUCUCCAGCAACGCCAAACUCAGGGUCACCAGGGUCAUACAGUUUGUCUCACACAGGCGACGCCUACCUCAGCCUGCGUUCACUCAACGGGGAGGGUCUCAACAUCGCCCCCUCUCUACAGCCGCAGGUGGAUACCCUGCACCGUGCUACACACCUGACGGGCGGCUAUGAGGAGCUGUCGGGUAGUGGCCUCUACACCCCUCAUCGCCUGGAUGCUAACAGCUGGCAGGACACCACCAACCCCCCCUCGGUCACCUCCCCUCCCGGUCCUCCUGGCAGCGUCCAUUCCGACACCUCCAACUGAUCCGGUGGCUCUCCUUGCCAUCACUUCAUUCCCACUGUGGUCUGCUAUGACUACCAUCGUCUGUCCCCAUUCUUCGAUAUGCCCUUGUCUCUCAACUAGACAGCCACACAAGGCUGUAUUUGCUUUUCAUAAACACACACACUGUGCAGGAACACAGGACAGCCGAACAGUAGUUAGGAGGACAUCCCCCUCCACCCCACAGCUCCAUUUCAACGCUUGAAACUCCAUAACUCAGAAUGAAAGAGGGAUGGAACUUACUGAUACUAAGACAGAUAGGAAACAUCUUUACCAUCGAGGACUUUUUGAAAACCACUGACCCAGCUGUGUAGAUGAUCAUGAUGUCUGUACAAUAUGUGUAUAUGCACGUUAACUUCACACAGUACUCACACAGCUUGUCCAUGUGCCGUUGACCUCUGCACUCGACCCUUUGCUUUGGAAAACUGUGUGCGAUUGCCUGUAUCUUUUGAAGCCUUGGCAUUUGACAGCCAAACUGUUGAUACAGAUCACCAGGGAGCUCUGCUCACCUUGCUCGUACCAAAGUGCUGCCCCAGUAGUUGUCAACACAUCUGUUCCUCCGAGAUCACCCUCUGCCAACUCGACACAAGACGAUGUUGUAUCUUCCAGUCCUUAUAGCUUGAUAUUUCAUUCUGUGGGAGAUUUUAAAGUGAAUAAUUGAGACAUGCGCCAAGGCGCAUGCAACCCCCUUCCA